UUGUGCCGUGGGACCUUGGCAAGGAGGGGAAAUGGGAAGAAAUACUGGAAAGGGCCCGUUUGCUUCAGCAGCUUUUCCCAGGAGGACGGAAUCCAGGUGCAUCCUGGGGCUACAGAUGCUUUUGAUGGGCACCGAGUUGCUGAUUUAACUGGCUGUUUGUAGAGAAAAAUCUUCAGCUAUCAGUCAGAUUUGAGCUCAAAUUGAACUGGCCUACCUCAAGCCUGUCGCUCUGAGUUCUGCAAGGGGAGCAAGUGAAAGGAGAGGGCACCCCGAAACCCAAGGGUGGCUGGGCUCCUCAGCACCCCAGCCUGGGGCCCCUGUAGCAGGGCAGGGCUCAUGCCAGCCCCAGGGUGGGUUUUACGCCCCUCUGCAAGCUAAAGCUGACUCUUCAUGGCCCUUAGAAGUACCUUUCAGCUGCCGAGGUUGGCUCUGAGCGAGGUUGUACAGGAGUACCCAUCUGAUCUCCCAGGACAUAGGUGCCUCUUCAUGUGGCUCCUGGCAGCUGCAGCUCUCCCUCCUGUGUAGCAGGUCAGAAAGGGCAAGGAACAUAAUAAAACCACCCAAAAUGCAAAUUAUCACACUAUGGAGCAGACUGGAUGUGGAAAAUAAUCUGUGCGUGAUUCAGAGCACAGGAACAGUCACAAAGUUGGAAUUUGGAACAAGUCAAAGCCCAGCGCUGUGGGCACAGGGCUGGUGGCUGCCUUGGGCAGCACCUGCCUGUGAGGGAGCUCCUGUAGCCAUGGGCAGGUGGGCACAGGGAGGGGGGAGCCAGCCAGCCCAGCCUCGUCCUGGAGGUGUCACACAGCCCAGUGCAAGGUGGUGGUAACAAAUGGCAGCACUGCAGGUGGGACACUGAGAAAAAUGGUUUUCUUGGGAAGGGUGGAGCAGGCCUGUGAGGCUGUGUCAUGAGUGUGCUUGUGCUCAGCGCCGGUGGCUGGGCUGCCGGCGAGCUCCAGGCGGGGAGGUGAACCUCCCAUUUGCCUGACACCCAUGUUUUGUCCCCGGGGUGGACGCACGGGGCAGGUGGUGGCAAAGCCAUCCCUGCCACAGCGCUGAAGUCCUGGUGUGGGGCACAGCAACCCGACCCCCUCCCACAACUCCUAGUGCCUCCACAGGAAAAGUCACCCCCAGUCCUGAAAGGAGCUUCAAGGCAAGUAUUUCCUCGGGUUAAUGCAUUAAUUUAUUAACCAGAACUGCGUGAGGGUAUUUCCUGCUUUUGCAGAGGGUGUUACCUGAUUCUUCCCGAGCUUCUGGAUAGCAGCCGCUUCCUCCUGGCACAGCUUUGGAGCCAGCAGAGACCACUCCAUUUUUUUUAAUAUUUCCUGGUAGCUGUCCCUGCCCCUAUAGCCUUGCGCCGUGCCGUGGAGCACCCCCUCUUGCACCCCUGCCCCAUCCUGCUCGGGUUGGGUUUUGCUGUACCACAGGGGUCAGGUGCUGCCCUGCAGUGUGGGGACAGCUGUGCACAGCCACGGCACCCCUGGCUGAGCCAUCCGGGCAGCAGGGACUCUGGAUGGAGGGAGAGAAGCUGGAAAUGAAUCCUGGGGAAAUCCCAAAUGUUUGGGAAGAGGGAUGGGAGCUUUGGAGCUUUCUCUUUCCUGUAUGCCUGGUACAGAGCUGCCAGACGUCCAGACUUUUAUAUGCCAGAUGGUCCUAAGGACCUAGUUUCCUCCAGCUCCAAGUUUUUCACAACUGUGUGUUUCCAGUUAAAUCACUUUAUUGCCCAAUUUCCCUGAGCAGUUGAUGACAGCUGCGGGCAACGCCUGCCCAGGUAAUCCCUCGGCUCCCUUGGGGGGCUGCCAUCCCUCUGGCUGGAUGGAGGGCAGCAGUGUGACGCUUCAGGGGGGUUGUUGGCUCGUUCAGUGUCCACAGUUGUACUCAGAUGCAUGUUUCCAGAGUUUCUUUGGUGUCAGGAGGUGGUUUGCAGGUAGCCAGGGCAAAUAUUCCCAUUUUUCCCCUGCUGUCAGGGCAUUACUUCCCACGUGCUCCUGUGGACGAGUUUCUGAAUGAGAAAAGCAGGUGCUGCGGAAAGUCCAGAAAUUUUGGGGUGAUGCCUGGCUGACGGCGGCGACGGGAGAGGUGGGGGCCUCUGCACCAGCACCCUGGCUGGGCCCCCUCUCCCCAGCCACCCCCGGGUGGUCACCGUGGGGUUGGGUGUCCUUCACCAGUGAUAGCAGCUGAUGUCAUGUUGCCUGUUGAUGCCCGGGGCUGGGGAGCAGCCUGACCCCAAACCCCGGGGAUGGGGGGUGCGGUGGUGCCGCAGGGACAGCGGGCGGCAGGAGGGGCGAUCUCGGGUUACACAGCCUCGUACAGAAAUGAGUGGGCUGGCGGGAUCCUGAGGAUGUUCCCGCUGUCCGUGGCUGGGACUUAUUAAAGGGAUGCGUCGGGGCGGGCUGCUUGGCCCCGGUGGCGUCCCCACGGCAUGGCGGGGCCGGGGGCCGAGGGCGACCUGCGGCACCUGCUGAAGCUGCACCGCACCGAGAUCGCCAUGGCGGUGGAUGACGUCUUCCCGCUGCUGCACGGCCUGGCUGACCACGACGUCGUCCCCGAGCACGUCUUCAAGGAGACGCUGAGCCGGAUGGAGCGGGAGGGCUCCCACCGUGCUUUCCACGCGCUGCUCACCUGGCUGCUGGGCCGUGACGCUGCCACCAUCCGCGACUUCUGGGCCGUCCUCUUCAAGGACUACAACCUGGAGAGGUACACCCGGCUCCGGCCCCUCCGUGGCGCCUUUCCCAGAGAGGUGGAGCUGGGGCGGCAGCGCCAUGGGAGGUGCCUCUCCAGCAGCCCCACCGCGCCGGCCCGGCACAGACCCCAAGGCAAGAGGAAAGCCCCCGAGGAGCGGGAUGGGGCCCGAGCGGUGGAGCCCUCCCCGCGGCACGUCCCCAGCCCCGGGCCCCUGGCGAAGACAAGAAGUGUGAAGAAGCCGGAGGGCAUGGAUGGCUCCCGCACCCCUCGUGCUGGGGCCCUCCAGGCAGUGGCCACCUCAGUGCAGCGAGCAGUGGCCGUGGCGGGCAGCGAGGUGCCAGUCACCCGCGGGGCUGUUGAGAGCAUCCUCAUCAAACACGUGCUGGAGCCAGGCAGCUCCAGGAUGAGCAGCAAAGCAGGGGACGAGCCCUGUGCUCCAGCCACCUGUGAGGAACCGGGGGCCAGGAGCAGAAGCCACAGCCUGAAGCCCCCCACCCGGCCCAAGGCACCCCAAAGUAGUGGAGAGCCUCGACUGCACCCCCAGGGCCGGCUGCCAGUACCCACUGUGCACAGCCAGGACCCCACGCCCCACCAGGAGAAUGAGGAUGAGUGUGCGGCCUGCGGUGACGGCGGUGAGCUCAUCUGCUGUGACGGCUGCCCCAGGGCAUUCCACCUCGCCUGCUUGGUGCCCCCGCUGCCCCGCGUCCCCAGCGGGACGUGGUGGUGCGGCUCCUGUGCGGGGGGCGCAGCCGAGUCGGGGCAGCUGCGGGAGGUGGCUGUGGAGCGACCCCGUGAGAUGCCGGCGGAGGAGGCGUGCGGCACCCAGGACAACGAUGGGAUGAUCUGUGGACGCUGUUUCACCCACAUCCCCACACCUCGGCACUGCUCCACGCCCAGCGGGGACCCCGGGGGGCUGCUGCUCUGCACAUCCUGCGCGGGCCCCCCGGACACAGGCAGCCUCGACAGCACCGUGGUGGCCGGACACCACCCGCUACAGGCUGCCAAGGCAGAGGACAUCUCCCCCAGCACCGACCCCGCGCUGAGCAGGGAUGAGCUCGACGCUCUCCUGAGUGAGGGGGCCUGGGAUGGGAUCCUGCACUGGGCGUUCCAGAACAUGGCCCGGCCCCUCGCAGACACACAAGGACUCUUCACCUGAUGCAGCCUGGCGGCGGCGGCAGCCCGGCAGCGCAGGGGAGGCAGAAAGAGGCACAGUCGGGGUGUGCGCCAGGAACUACACAGGAACCAGGGCAUGGGGAAAACACGGCAUGUCAUUAAA